AGGCGGAGGGAAAGCUGGGGUGGAGGGGGUUUCUCUGCUGGUGAGACCAGGCCGCUGCUGGGCCACUGUUCGGAAGCUGUCUGAGGUCACCCCGAGCACGCAAAAUGUUGCUCUUGGCCGUCCGUAGCCCGUGGGUUUCCCGGCUGCGUCUCGGCAGCGGCGGGACCAGAAUUAGACCGUGGGCAGUAGCGGCGCUGCGGGGUCGCUGGGAGGCUUUUGGUCUCAACCCUGAGUGCGCUGGCACCGAAUGGAGCGCACGCGCAGCCCCCCCGGGAGUGGCGCGAGGCUUCGCCCUCUGGGCGCCCCGUCGAGAACAGAUAGCUUUUUCUUCCGGUGGAUGUGUUCGAUACAUUCAUGCUCAUGCCCAUGUUGAACAAUCAGAAGAUGGAAGACUGAUUUAUACAGGGAAUAUGGCAAGAACAGUAUUUGGUGUAAAAUGUUUCUCUUAUUCGACAAGCCUGCUCAGCCUUGCAUUACUCCCAUAUAUGUUUGGACAAUCUAAUAUUGAAUUUGGAAGUCUGCCUCUGAAAAUUGCAUUUUAUGGCGCUUUGGGAACUUUUACAUUAAUUACUCCAAUGCUGCUUCACUUUAUUACAAAGGGAUAUGUGGUUCGAUUGUACCAUGAAGCUGAGACAGACACUUACACAGCCAUCACCUAUAACAUUGUUCUUUUAGAAAAGAGAACAGUGUUUCAUCAGAAUGAUGUAAAGGUUCCAGAUAUCAAAAGUAUAUUUACCUCAUUUUAUGCAAAAACAAAAUCACUGCUAGUUAAUCCAAUGCUUUUCCCACAUCCUCAAGAUUAUAACCAUCUUAUGGGCUAUGACAAGCCUUUUACUUUUGAUAUUGAAGAAUCUGAUGAAAAGAAAUAACAUGAAGAAAAUAAAUGUGAUCCUCUUUGUUGUUGUGUAGCUAUUCAAUUGUAUGCUUUUUGUAUCAUUGUAAAAUAAUAAAUUAUUCUUUUAUUGUUAGUA